AGGCGAGUCGCGAAUCGCAAGGGGACGUAGAUUUUCAAACAUAUCCCAUCUCGCCAACUUUUUGCCUUCUCCCAGCGCCCCCCUUUGCGAGACGACCUAGAGCGCAUAUUCCGACAUGUUCUGAUAGUCUCCCUCGGCUCCCUCUAAUCUACAAGCGGCCAGCGCACCUCACGUGCAGCCGCCCAACGCCCUCUCCCACCAUGAGCGAUCUCGACAAGGCCAUUGCGCAGCUGCGCGCAUGCCGUCCGAUCCCAGAGGCGCAAGUCCGCGAGCUCUGUCACAAGGCGCGGGAGCUGCUAAUCGAGGAGGGCAACGUCGUCACCGUAUCAGCGCCCGUGACAAUAUGUGGCGAUAUUCACGGCCAGUUUCACGAUUUGAUGGAGUUAUUCAGAGUGGGCGGUGAUGUCCCAGACACAAACUACCUCUUCAUGGGCGACUUUGUCGACCGUGGAUUCUACUCACUGGAGUCCUUCCUUCUCCUGCUCUGCCUCAAGGUCCGAUACCCCGAUCGCAUGACCCUCAUCCGAGGCAACCACGAAUCCCGCCAAAUCACCACCGUGUACGGAUUCUACGACGAAUGUCUACGGAAAUACGGCAGCGCAAAUGUCUGGCGGUACUGCUGCGAUGUGUUCGACUACCUCGCCCUCGGCGCAAUCGUCUUGGGUGCGUCAAACACGCUAUCCCCUGGCGCCGAACCUGUCGACGAAGAGACCGAGAUCGAAGUGUGUGACCAGAACGGCUCCAUAAUGAGCCGCUUCCCCCGACGUCGGCAACUAGACGGUUCACAAGAGCAAACGCGAAGUCCGGGCGGUGGAUCUGGAGACAAGACCGGCCCCCCAGGCUCCGGCGCGUCAGGGUCGAGCGGUGGAACGGUUGGAAAUCCUGCCGGAGCAGUCCUCUGCGUUCACGGUGGACUGAGUCCGCUCAUCGACACGGUCGAUAAGAUCCGACUCAUAGAUCGCAAGCAGGAGGUCCCGCACGAGGGCGCCAUGUGUGACCUCCUCUGGUCCGACCCUGACGAGAUUGAUGGCUGGGGUCUCUCUCCGCGUGGUGCAGGCUUCCUCUUCGGCGCCGACAUUGUCAAGGUCUUCAAUCACCGCAACGACCUGAGUCUGAUCGCACGCGCACAUCAGCUCGUAAUGGAGGGUUUCAAGGAAAUGUUCGACGCCUCCAUCGUCACCGUCUGGUCGGCCCCAAACUACUGCUACCGCUGCGGCAACGUCGCGGCCGUGCUGGAGCUCUCCGAGGACGAGUCCGGCACCGGUCUCUUCGCCCGAAGCAACGGCGACGUGGGCCGCAGCGACGGCGGCGCCGGCGUCAUGAUGGAAGGGGACGGCGGGCCUCGGAGUGGUCCCGCUCGCAGGUAUCGCGUGUUCCAGGCGGCGCCGCAGGACUCGCGCGGCAUGCCGGCCAAGAAGCCGGUUGCCGACUACUUCUUGUGAAUGGGUUGUUUUUGUCGUUGCGGUACAGACGAUGGCGGGUUUUGUAUGAUGAGACACACAUUGGGCUUGGGUCAUGGAUGAGCACGGAGUUUUA